AUGAAAAACAUCAUUAACAAUGGCAACACAAAGCUCAUUCUUCUUCAUCCUUACAUCCAUAAACAAACACAUCCAAAUCGCCUCUGGCUAAUCGCUCUCGUCUCGGUGUUCACCAUAGCCUCCCUGGUAACCCUAGUCUACACCCGUGAAUCCUUCCACACAACCACCACCACCACCACGACCAUCACCGCCACCAGUAACCACCACCAUGAAUCACUUCCCAAAUCGGUGAUCAAAGCCCUCAUCCACUACGCCGCCACCGCCAACACCACAAAUCACAUGUCACAGACCGACAUCAAACAAAUCUCUGAUGUCUUAAAACAAUGCACAACCCCGUGUAACCUCCUUGUAUUCGGGCUCACGCCGGAGACCCUCCUCUGGAACGCCUUGAACCACCAUGGACGGACGGUGUUCAUUGAUGAAAACCGCUACUAUGCCGCCUACGUGGAGGAGAAGUUCCCGGAGAUUGAAGCGUAUGAUGUUCAAUACACCACAAAAAUUAGCGAACUUAAAGAACUUAUCGCUUCCGUUCGAGAACAAACACUGGAUGGUCCACGUGGAUAUUGGCCGGAGGGCCCAGGGAGUAUAUCAGCCAUCUUCACCGCCGGUGUACUUGCCCGGAGCAAAAAAGGUGGCAACCAUAAAACACAUGUUUUCGUGCAUGAUUAUAAUAGAGAAGUUGAAAGAGUGUCUAGUGAAGAGUUUUUAUGUAAAGAGAAUUUGGUCAAGUCUUCUAAUGAUUUGUUGGCUCAUUUUGUGGUGGAGAGAGUGGUGGACCAGGGCGGCAGAAACCAGUUUUGUCACAGCCAUCCGGCGGCAUCCUAG